AUGGACAGGUUGCAUUCUUCCAUGCGUAAAAGGCUCUACAGUUUGCCACAACACAUUGGACAGAAAGCUUCGAUCAUGGGGGAUGGAGAAGACAGCGACAAGGACACCCGGAGAAAGAGUAUCAGGAUGAAACCCUUGCCGUCGCCGACCUCCGGGGGAAGCUGCAAAGGCGUCGGGGAGACGAGAAGCGGAGACUCGGUGAUCAUGGAGACGGAUAUCGGAAGACCCAUGAAGACCAGUUCGAAUGGAGACUGCAGGAGGUUCAGAGGCAGUCUCUCGUCCAUCACUAGUCGGCAUGCCCACGACUCGGAUUCGGCGGAGCAAAGGCGACUGAUCACCGAAGGAGAUGUCACCCCCAGUGAAGAGAGCCCUCCUGGAGCUAUUGGCGGGGACGCGGAUCAAGGGGCGCAAGGCGGCGCCGGCGUUGGUGGCAGCGGCGUUAGCCAGCAUGGUACCCCUGAACAACAGCCGGGGUUCAUAAAGUUGGAUGGCAUCGAACAAAUAUUGCCAGACGACGAGAGAUAUUACCAAGCGGGUUUCAUGCACAAGCAGUUUGGGGCAAUGUUGCAACCAGGGGUCAACAAGUUUUCCCUAAGGAUGUUUGGCAGCGAAAAGGCUGUAGAAAGGGAGCAAGAGCGAGUAAAAUCCGCAGGAUUUUGGAUUAUUCACCCCUACAGUGAUUUCAGGUUUUACUGGGACCUGACCAUGCUGCUCCUGAUGGUUGGAAACCUGAUCAUCAUCCCCGUGGGCAUCACCUUCUUCAAGGACGAGCACACGCCGCCAUGGAUCGUCUUCAACGUGGUGUCCGACACCUUUUUCCUCAUGGACCUGGUGCUCAACUUCCGCACCGGCAUCGUCAAAGAGGACAACACGGAGAUCAUCCUGGACCCUCAGCAGAUCAAGAUCAAGUACCUGCGGAGCUGGUUCGUGGUAGACUUCAUCUCCUCCAUCCCUGUGGACUACAUCUUCUUAAUAGUGGAGACGCGCAUUGACUCGGACUUUUACAAGACGGCGCGUGCCCUGAGGAUCGUCCGCUUCACCAAGAUCCUCAGCCUGCUCCGCCUCCUGCGCCUCUCCAGGCUCAUCCGCUACAUCCACCAGUGGGAGGAGAUAUUCCAUAUGACGUACGACUUGGCAAGCGCGAUGGUUCGGAUCGUGAAUCUCAUCGGGAUGAUGCUGUUGCUCUGUCAUUGGGACGGCUGUCUGCAGUUCCUGGUGCCCAUGCUGCAGGACUUCCCCGCUGACUGCUGGGUCUCCAAAAACAAGAUGGUCAAUGACACGUGGGGCCAGCAGUAUUCCUACGCCCUCUUCAAGGCCAUGAGUCACAUGCUGUGCAUCGGGUAUGGCAUGUACCCGCCCGUGGGCAUGACAGACGUGUGGCUGACCAUCCUCAGCAUGAUCGUUGGUGCCACCUGCUACGCCAUGUUCGUGGGCCACGCCACCGCCCUCAUUCAGUCACUGGACUCCUCCCGUAGGCAGUACCAGGAGAAGUACAAACAGGUGGAGCAGUACAUGUCCUUCCAUAAGCUGCCCGCAGACAUGCGGCAGAGAAUCCACGACUACUACGAGCAUCGUUACCAGGGCAAGAUGUUUGAUGAGGAGAGCAUUCUGGGAGAGCUGAAUGAGCCGCUGAGGGAGGAGAUUAUCAACUUCAACUGUCGAAAGUUGGUGGCUUCCAUGCCUCUGUUUGCCAACGCUGAUCCAAACUUUGUGACAUCCAUGCUCACCAAACUCCGGUUUGAAGUCUUCCAGCCCGGGGACUACAUUAUCCGGGAGGGAACUAUCGGGAAGAAGAUGUACUUCAUUCAACACGGCGUUGUCAGCGUUCUCACCAAAGGCAAUAAAGAGACCAAGCUCUCAGACGGAUCCUAUUUUGGAGAGAUCUGUUUGCUGACCCGCGGGAGACGGACGGCUAGCGUGCGAGCGGACACGUACUGUCGCCUCUACUCGCUCUCCGUGGACAACUUUAACGAGGUCCUGGAGGAGUACCCCAUGAUGAGAAGGGCUUUUGAAACCGUGGCUGUGGACCGCCUCGACCGCAUAGGGAAGAAGAACUCCAUCCUUCAGCACAAAGUCCAACACGACCUCAGCUCGGGUGUCCUGAACUACCAGGAGAACGAGAUAAUCCAGCAGAUCGUGCAGCACGACAGAGACAUGGCUCACUGCGCCAAGUUCAUGCAGAACAGCCCGCCGCCUGCUCCGCCCUCGCCUCCGCCCGUGAUCUGGGCCCCUCUCAUCCAAGCGCCCCUGCAAGCCGCCGCUGCCACCACCUCCGUCGCCAUCGCCCUCACGCACCACCCGCAUCUCCCCGCCACCCUGUUCCGCCCCCCCGUCUCCGUUCUAGGCUCCAUGAAGGAGCCUUCCGGUCGACUGAAGAGGUUUAACUCGGUCCGGCACGCCUCCGCCGGCCCGGAGUCCGCAGCAGACUCCCCCUCCAGUACGCCUCCGAAGCCGCAGUCGGGCACGGACACUCCCGUACUCGCCUCCUUUAGGGCUCUCCAUAUGACGGGCGGCGCUGGUUUCGGUGGCCAGCAGGCCUCCGGCGGCACCCAGCCCGGACCGAGCUCCGGCUCCGCUCAGUUUCCCUUCGGACCGCUUUCCUCGUCGGGCUCGCUGUCUUCCAGCACGGCGCAGCUCCACCCUCAGCCUCAGCAGAAACAGCCCAUCCCACCAAGCACUCCUCCGCUCUCAGGCCUGCUUCAGCAGGGAGUGACGGUUGGAGCAGCUAGUGGAGCCGUUGGGGGAGUGAUGGGAGCCGGAGCGAGUGCAGUAGGAGGUUCGUCAGGUGGGCCGACAGGUGGGUCUUCGUUGGGCGGAGUUGGUGGUGCAGUAGGUGGAGCAUCAUCAUGCGGGAUCAUGGGUGCCUCUUCCUCCUCCAACACCAGCUCUUUGCCUGCGAGCUCGGCCGUCCAUGGCUCCACCCAGCCGCUCCAGGGGCAGCCACCUCUGCGGCCCUCCCAGAUGGGCUCGGUGCAGCAGUUAGCGGGCGGGGUUCGGACUUCCAGCGGGCUGAACCUCUUCCACACACCUCCACCUGGCUCCCCGUCCUCUAGCCGGAGCCAGGUAUCUCAGCCAGUUGAGAGUUCUCCAUCAGCGCACAGUCACCCCGGCUCGGCCAAUCUGCAGUCUGGUUUCCUCCCGCAGUUGUCCCUGGAAAGGUCCGCAUUGGCUUCCCUGGCCCAGUACGGUUCGGGCAACGCUUCUCCCUGCUACACUCCUCUAGCGUCCAGUCCAGCUGUCCAAAGCCCCGUCAUAGGAAGGACUUUCCACUACAGCGACCCUUCCAGCGUCACUGGCUCCCACAGUUCUCUUCUAAUGCCCCAAACCUCCUUCCCUGGCCAGUCGCACGGCCUCCCCGCAGCCGGGACCGAGUCUCCGCUGAGCCGGUUCUCCGAAGAUAUAAAACUUCUGUCUGGCUCUCACCCGGUGCUGGCUGGGGAGGUGGCCCAAGCCAUGGGCCAAACGUCGCCGCGUUCCUCCGUGGAGUUAGGCUUAUGCUUCUCUCCGUUCUCGUCUCCGACAGCGACGCCCAAGCCCUGCAGCUCGGUGCUCGGGCAUAUGCCUACCCCCGUAAAAUUAUCGCAGGGGUCACUACACCAGACUCACACCACAGGGACGUCCACCGCGCUCCCAACACGGAGAGACUCUGAUGCCCAUCCGUCAGAACUAGAACCCCUCUGUUCCAAACUCCCGUCCAAUUUGUGA